AUGGCCUUGAGCAAGAGUCAGAGGAUAUGCAUUCUGCUCGCCAUCGAUGCAGCGUUCUUUUUCGUCGAAUUGAUAGUCGGCUAUGCCGUCCAUUCCUUAGCACUGGUUGCUGACGCCUUUCAUAUGUUGAACGAUGUGAUGUCGUUAUGCGUUGGAUUGUGGGCUGUCAGAGUCGCAUCCUCUGGCAGCUCCAAGAUGUAUACAUACGGCUGGCAGCGCGCAGAGACCUUAGGAGCCCUGGUCAACGGCGUCUUUCUUGUCGCCCUAUGCGUCACCAUCUUCCUCGAGGCCAUUCAGCGCUUUGUCGAGAAGCCGAACGUUUCCAACCCUAAACUCGUCCUGAUUGUUGGUUGUUUGGGUCUGGCCUCCAACAUUCUCGGCCUUGUGCUCUUCCACGAUGUGUCGCACAAUCACGGUCCUGGUGACGGCCACGCUCAUGGAGAUGAAGAGGAAGGGCACGUACAUGGAGACACUCACAGCCCCAGCCAUGGGCAGGGCCAUGGCCACGAACACGAACAUACUCAUGCCACCGAGCAAUCUCCCCUCAUGAAAAAGAGCCCCAAGUCUACUCGAUUCACCAGCGCUGACGAGGACGGAACAACCAUUAACUCUGAGGCUACUCCUAACAGAAGAAGCGUCUCAGGUAGUGGUCAUGGUCAUAGGCGGAGAACAUCUGGGUUUGGUUCAGUUGACAACAUUCAAAUUCACCCUGCAUCCUUUCGAAACGAUAUCAUCCAGGCAGCACGAUAUCAAGAAGAGCCUCUGGAAGAAGAAGCUCUAUUGGAAGGAGACACGGAGGAGAGCAACGGCCACGAUCACGUUCAUUCUUCUCCUUCUCGAAACUUGAAGUCCAACAGGCACACCUACGGCGCUACUAGUGUCGAAAUCGCUAAUGCUCACCAGAACCACAUUCACAGUCAGCCCAAAGAUUCUGCAGCUGGUGGUGGAGGAGGUCAUGGUCAUUCUCAUGCCGAUCUCAACAUGCGUGGUGUUUUCCUACAUGUUCUCGGGGAUGCCUUGGGCAAUAUUGGAGUCAUUGCUACGGCUCUGAUCAUCUGGCUCACCAAGUUUGAAGGCAGAUUCUACUUCGACCCAGCAAUUUCUUUGGUCAUUACGGCGAUCAUUUUGACUUCGGCCAUUCCACUGUGCAAAGCUGCCUCCAGGAUAUUGCUGCAAGCUGUGCCAAUGGGUUUGUCAAUCGAUGAAAUUAGAGCUGACAUUGAAGACUUACCCCAAGUGCUUGAAGCCCAUCAUCUCCAUGUAUGGCAAUUGUCAGACACGAAGUUAGUCGCGUCACUUCACGUCAAGGUGGAUUGCGAUGUCAAGGGUGCAGGAUCUGCGAGCUACAUGAAGUUGGCACGAGAGAUUAGGGCAUGCUUGCAUGGUUAUGGCAUUCACUCUUCGACGAUUCAACCAGAGUUUAUGCGGUCCGUUCAGCAAAAGGAUCUACCGCACGACGACCACGAAGGUUCGUCAAGCGGAACUGAGAACCUAACCGAGAACGGCAAGAUUGAUAUGGCCAGCAAGGCUGGAAGCAUGCUAAGUGCCGAUGGUCACGCGGCUGGUCCAGGCUGUAUGAUGGACUGUGAGGAUACCUGUGGCUCGAACGGUCAGUGCUGCCCCAGUACGGAUGGCAAAGGACAGAGGUAG